AUGGAUCUCCCUACCAGAACAAAAUGCUGGGUAUUGGCCGAAAAGCCGAUCGGAAAACCCAUCAUAUCUGGACCGAACUCCACCUUCCAACUGGAGACGCGCCAAUUGCCAAACCUUGAGCCCGGUCAGAUCCUCCUUAAAACCUGCUUUCUCUCAAAUGAUCCCGCACAGCGGAUGUGGAUCGAUGCAGAGCUGCCAGCGGAUCGAUUAUACCUGAAGCCUAUCGAAGUUGGACAGGUCAUGGCAUCUCGGGGAAUCGGAAGGGUUCUUUCUAGCCGGUCAUCAAAGAUCAAGGCAGGAAGCCAGGUUGUUCUUCCGAAUAUCGGUUGGAUGGAGUAUGCUGUAGUGCCUGACGAGACCGUGACCGUUCUAGAGCCCCUGCCACUGGGUCUAAGUGUCACGCACUAUUUGGGUGCUCUAGGAAACACUGGGCUGACUGCCUACUACGGGCUCGUGGUUCAAGGCGAGGCGAAGCCACAAGAUACGGUCAUAGUGUCUGGAGCAGCAGGGGCCACGGGGAGCAUGGUAAUACAAAUUGCGAAGAAGAUAGUUGGGUGCGAAAGAGUCAUCGGCAUUGCUGGGACCGAUGAGAAAUGCCAAUGGGUGGAGAGUCUUGGGGCCGAUCUAUGUCUCAAUUAUAAGUCUGAAUCAUUUGUGGAUGACCUGAAGAAAGGAUCAGCCGGCGGGGUGGAUGUGUGUUUCGACUGUGUUGGAGGUUCCAUCUUAGACCAUAUUUUCCCACGGAUGUCAAAGUUCGGCCGGAUUGCGGCCUGUGGUGCCAUAUCUGGAUACAAUGAGAAAGGAAGCGCACAAUUUGAGAAUUGGUUUCACGUCGUCAGCAUGAGACUGAAAAUCCAAGGUUUCAUUGUUCUCGACUACGCUGCUCAUGCCCAAGACGCUAUUGAUGUUCUGAAGCAGGCCAUUGCCGAUCGCAAGGUUGUGCUUGGUGAAAAGAGUCAGACCAUCGAUCCAGUAACUUUUCUGGAUAUACCAAAGGUCUGGUUGCGGCUCUUUGAAGGAGGUAACACAGGUAAGCUUAUCACUGCUUUAUAG